AUGGCUUGGGCAUUGUCCUAUGACACAGCAAUUGGUUUGGCUCUUUCAUUUCUUGUAGUCACAUUCGCUUUGCAGAACUUUAUUGACAGGCGCAGCACGGUGACGAUUGGUCUCGUGGCAACUAUUUGGUACUGGACAAGCGCAUUGUGGGCUGCAGUGACGAAGGAGAUCCUGAAUGACUUGCAGCAGGUGGUCGUGUAUCCUUCAACCAGUGUUUGGUUGACAUUCCUUCCCCAGGCUUUGAGCUAUGUAUUGGUGCAAGCGCUUGCGAUUCUGUUCGGGCUAGAUCUUUGCACAGGAACUUGCUUCAGAGAAAAGCGCCGCAACUUGGGAAUGUGGCAAAUGGCAGGCGCUGCGUAUUUCUUCGGGCAGCUCUUCACUGUCGCAGCACUGGCAUUGGAUGCGCCCAGCCUGGUCUUCGUAGUGAAGGCCAUUGAACCUUUGAGCACCGCUCUACUGGCAAUCCCGGUGCUCCAUCAGACAUUCAAUGUAAGGCUUUUUCUAGCAAUCCUCGUGGCCUGUGUUGGGAUUAUGAUUACUGCAGCGGCAUCUCACGGUGGCUUCAAUGGGGUCCACUACAGCAGCGCCUAUAUGUCAAUGACCCUUGGGAUGCUGGCCAAUAUUGGUUUCUCUUCCAGAGCCUGUGUGGCCAAACGUGCGCUGGUGUUCGACAGCAACGAGCCUUUAGAGGCAUAUGGGAUGUGCACCGUAUUUGCAACACAAAGCGGUGUGGUCUUGCUACUUGUGUGGCUCAUCCUGGGCCGCUGCAUCUUGAACAAUGCGGGGGACAUGACUAGUAUCUUGCAACAUCUUUCUCAACGACCUGGCGCUUGGCUAACAGCAUCGUUGACCUAUUUUCUUUACCAGGGCUCUUCUAUCUUGCUGCUGAGCUGCUUCAAGGUUGAGACCCAUGCGCUGCUGGUGGCGUUGAAGCAUGUCUUUGUGGUGGUUCUUGCGUCACUGAUUACAGGGGCUGUCCUGAAUCCUCCGAUGAUCCUAGGGCUCCUUCUGGUGUCCCUGGGGGUGUGCUGGUACCUCUCCAGUCCUGAAGACGAGGACUCGGAGAAGGAGCCGAUUUUGCCCACCAAAGCCGAUGGUUUGGAGCAAAGUGUCUCCUACCCGCUGAUUGCAGUGGUCAUAUCAGUGGUGGGUCUUGGCACCUUUUUGCCACUUUGGCACCUGUGA